UGUGUGUUACGUUUGGUCUAUCCACACAUUUCUGUCGGCAUGAUUCAGAUAUUUUCUUUUGCUCAUUUUUGAUUUCCCAAAACAAAAAGACUUUAUUCAAUAAUUUAUUCUCAUGGCGGCUCUCUCCACCUUCUACCACCCACUCUGCGCUCAUCACAACCACCGUACAACAAGACAAAGCGUCAGAUCUCUGACUGUGAUGUCUUGUUGGAAGCAGAAAUCACCGGAGGAAAAUAGCGGAGGAGUGAUCAAGAGGACUGUGACAAGGAUGAUGUCAGAGGCUGAGAAGAUUGGUAAGAAUAUGAAGCCAGAGAAGAAAGGAGACAUGAAGGAUCUGAUGCUUAUGAGUCUUUCUUUUGCAGUUUAUGUCUAUAUCUCUCAACUAAUGGUCUGUGCUUACUUCUCCUGGACUCAUGUCGCCCUCCCCAAUCCCUCAUGGUAGUUAUUUAGACAAGAUAGAUACCUUUCUUCCACCCCUCAAGUCACAAUUAUGUUAUGUAUAUAUUCUUCACAUCAUUUAUAAGAUUACCAAGCUCCAUUUCUCUCAAGUUCAUUGCAAACAUUGAAGAACUGAGUUUUGACCUUUUAAUUUUGGUCUCUUAUAGUUGAAUUUGUUAAAGCUAGAGACACCGAUGGCCAAACCAGCCAUUUUUUUUUUCUAUGUCUCGCAGAUGACAUCUCACUCCCUAGUGCACAAAUCUCGUUUAAGAAAUUGGAUAAACAUUCUCUAAAGCAAAAGGCAACACAAUUGAUUUUCUCCCAAAUAGGUUCACAAGAAAAUCAAGCUGAUUCAGCAAAUCUACCAAUGAUGAUGCCUCCACAACAAGAGGGAGGUGAGAGUACAUAAUGGAUAGCCACAUACCUUUUUCUAGAACCAACUCAAUAGGUUGCUUGCUGCUCUUGUAUCCUCAAAUUUAUGCUGCGUGUGUUUGCACCAUGCUGUAUACACUAUGACCAAUGUACAAAGGGCCAGAUGGAGAAAUUCAACAAGAUAAUGGUGAAUUUAUCUUGUUAUUAGAGUCCACCACAAAGGGAAUAUAAACCAAGAAAGAGCAUGAGAGCCAAGGGUACUUACAGAAGCAUGUAAAGUACUUGGAAGAACCGUGACCUUACUUUAUGAUCUGCUUGCUAACUUUCUCAUCCAGAAAGAUGAAGCUGAACAAAUAUUUCUGGCUAGCAGCUUCUGAAAUCAAACAAAGUGAAGUAGUAUAUAUAUGUAUCCAACGAACGAAUGAAUAAAAUGGCACCUGUAGGAAAGAAGAGACAAGUUAUUUACCAAGAGUUGAGACUUUGAUGCUCCAGAGAUUCAUCUAUUGUUUUCCAAUCCAGGUUUCGAUCCAGGAGUACCUGAAUCAGAAGGGAGAAAUGUUAUAGUCAAAACAAACCUUCUAGAAAUAAACUUUUGAAUUUAAGCUGUAUUGCUUGUAGUUAAACAAAUAUUUUCA